AUGGCAGUGCGCGAGUUCGUCCCCGGUGUCAUUGAGCCGUCCUUCGGUAUCGGCCGCCUGCUCUACUGCAUCCUGGAGCACACCUUCACCCUGCGCGAGGAGGACACCGCCCGCAGCUACUUCCGCUUCAGCCCGCGUCUGGCCCCGGUCAAGGCGGUCCUGGCCCCGCUGUCCAACAACGCUGCCUUCACCCCGCUGAUCGAGAUCGUCCUGCUUGAGAUUGCCCAACGCCUCAUGAGUGUCCUCUCGGGGGUGGACCCCUCUCGAGUUCAGGCAAUCCGCCGCCAAGCUGCCCUAGGUCUCCUUCGGGACCGAGCGGUAGCAUUGUCGACAGCUGGCGGUCAGGCAUUUGAAUUUGCUCCAGACAGCAAUGAGGGAAGUCUCCUUACGCCCUCCGCCCCCCUGCUCCCUGCUCGUGAAGAUGCGACCCCCGUGCCGACCGGCCUCCCUGGCCUGGAUCAGAUUCUCCCGGGGGGCCAGGGCCUCCGUCCAGGGGCCUUCAUCGAGCUGGUUGGCGAGGCUGGCUCUGGCAAGUCGCAGCUGGCCCUGCACCUGGCCUUGCAAAUAGCUCGGCACACCGGUGGCCAAGUGGCGCAUAUUACCACCGAGGCUGGAUUGCCGAUGGGCGUUGGCAUUCGACGCCUGUGCCAGCUGCUUCCACCGGCUGAGACGUCUGUCGCCGAGAAUGUCCUUCUCUCGGCGGCGAUCGGCCCGCAUCAACUCCUCUUCCUCCUGCGGGAGCGCCUGCUGCCAAUGCUCAAAGCUGGCGAGCCAGUCCGCGGCUUGGUGCUUGACUCGAUUGCCGGCGCUUUUCGCCAUGCGCAUCAGCCGGAUCUCUGGGGCUCAGAUGAGUUUGGCCCGCCAAUCUCUCUUCCCCAGCGAAGCGAGGUCAUGUUUGAACUCGGCGCUCUGCUCCGCCUGUUGUCCUGUAAAUAUGGGCUGAUUGUGAUGGUGACAAACCAAAUUACCGGCCAAUUUGGCCCCCCGGAGGAGGAGAUCUCCAAUCGCUCGGCUUGCGACACCGGCGACGAUGGGUCCAUCCAUCCGCGAGUCGGAUCGGAUGUACUGCCUGUGGAUAUUCGCCUGCGGGCAGGCAGUGGUCCGGCGCUUGCCAAGCCGGCACUCGGGCUGGCCUGGCGCUCGGCCGGACCAUCCACGAUUCUGGCCCUCGAGCGCCAGGAUGAGGAGGACCCGGCCGAGCAGCAGGCUUUGGCUGAUGCCCUGGCGGUGCUGGCCCGUGCCACCGGAUCGCCAGGCCAGGCCACUUGCGAUGAUGACUCCCGGACUGACGCCUGGCCUGAGGCCAGCCCGUUCGGACUGUCGCCGGCUCUGGCGCUGGAGAUUGUGCGGGACUCUGUCUUGAGGAUCAGCCAGCCCCAGCCGGCGCGGCGGGUCCGCCGGACGGUCCGCCUGGCUACCCUCCCGCCCGGGCAGCAGCACUUGUCCCGCCACUGCUCCUUCUUCGUGGAUGAUGGUGGGUGUCGCCCAUGGCCCGAUGAGUUGGCAGGCGGGCCCCCAGCCGAAUAA